AGGAGCCACAACUGUAUCAAAGUGCAGCAGGGAAGGAUAAAUCGUUGCUGUGAAUAACUCACUCAACCUUGGGCUCUAAACCAGGACGCGUGCAGCUGUGACGGCUUGAAGAGUCACACUUUGAUGAGAAUGAACCUCACGGCUGAGAGCCACUCCAUUCCCCUGAGUGAUGGGAACAGCAUACCCUUGAUGGGGCUGGGGACAUACGGAGACCCUCGCGCGACGCCUAAAGGAACUGCAUGUGAAUCAGUUAAAGUGGCCAUCGACACCGGGUACCGACACAUUGAUGGGGCUUUGGUCUAUUUCAACGAACAUGAGGUGGGACAAGCGAUAAGGGAAAAAAUUGCAGAUGGAACCGUGAAGAGAGAGGACAUCUUCUACUGUGGGAAGUUGUGGAACACCUUCCAUCCUCCAGAACUGGUGCGACCUGCUCUUGAGAAAACAUUGAAGACAUUACAGUUGGAUUAUGUGGACCUCUAUAUAGUAGAAAUGCCGACUGCCUUCAGGCCAGGGGAAACAUACUACCCCAGAGAUGACAAUGGGAAAUAUAUCUAUCAUGAGACGGACCUCUGUGCAACAUGGGAGGCUAUGGAGGCUUGCAAAGACGCAGGGCUUGUGAAAUCUCUUGGAGUAUCGAACUUUAACAAGCGACAACUGGAGCUGAUUCUGAACAAACCUGGGCUGAAACACAAGCCAGUCUCAAACCAGGUUGAAUGCCAUCCCUAUUUCACUCAGCCAAAGUUGAUGGAAUACUGCCAGCAGAAGGAAAUUGUCAUUGUGGGAUACAGCCCCUUGGGGACAUCUAGAGAUUCAUCCUGGGUGAACCUUAAGUGCCCGCCACUGUUGGAAGAUGAGCUGCUGGUAUCGGUUGCCAAAAAGUACAACAAGACCACAGCCCAGGUGGCCCUGAGAUUCAACGUGCAGCGAGGAGUGGUGGUCAUCCCGAAGAGCUUCAACACUGUUCGCAUAAAGGAGAACUUUCAGAUAUUUGAUUUCUCUCUGACGGAGGCUGAGAUGAAGGCAAUUGAGGGGUUGAACAAGGAUAUUCGUUUCGUGGAGCUCCUCAUGUGGGCAGAUCAUCCAGAGUAUCCGUUUCAUGAUGAAUACUAGACACCUCAGAUUUCAAUUUACAGUAUGGAAUGAUUUGCUCUCUCAUCUCAUGUUUUAUAUCUUGUUGUAACUGUACUGUUUUUAAUUAUAACUAUUACAGCUGAAUUUUGUGAA